UGUAGUGACUAUUUUGUUAGAAGUUCAAACAGUAGUGAUCAUUUUGUAAAAUUAAGAAAGCUGUUGGCCGAGGGUGAACUCUUCUUCACGACGGCGAGCUGAGCUGAGUUUCCUAUAUCUCCUCCGUCAAUUCCCACUCUCUCUUUCAGUCCACCAUCGUCCCUAACAAAAUGCCCACUACCGUCUUCUUCCUCCUCCUCUUUCUCUUCUCCGCCGCCGCCGGCCCGGUUCCGGGCCUCGACACCUUCCUAACCCACCAAUCCCACAUCGACCCACAAGCCUCCAACGACACCUUCGAAUCCCUCCCUUCUACCCUCCGCAAAUCCCUCUCUUCCUUCCCUCACGCCGCCGCUGCCGGCGGCAGAACCAAUUCCCUAAUCUCCUCCCUCCUCUCCCUGUCGCUCCCGCUCUCGAUCAACCUCCGCCUCGUCGGCUCUGCCUUCCCGGCCGACUCCGAGGCCAUCCUCUCUUCCUUCUUCUCCUCCGCCCACACCUCCGACCACUUCCACGUCAUAACCCCCGAUCCCGUCCCACCUCACAGCGGCUCCCACCGCCUCGCCGUCCGCCACACCCCUCACCUCGACGUCUCGCACUCCCCGCCUUCCCUCGCUUCCCGACUCUCCGACGCCAUCAAAUCCGCCAUCGCCUCCACCCCUUCCCCUCUCCGAUCAACCCUACUCUCCAUCCCUUACGACUCCGUCGACCAAAUCAUUCGCCAGGAGUUCGAUAAGGAGAAGCCCGCUCACGGGAUCUAUGUCUACUUGAUCUCACUGGGUUCUCAGUCCAAGAGCUACGCUUAUUCGUAUUUCCCUGGCGAUUCCUCCCCGGGCUUCACUAAAUGUUCCGGUACGAUUUGGACGGGGAAGGAGAGAUACCUCUGGAUUGAUCUCUCCGCAGGGCCGGUGGAUUAUGGGCCAGCUCUUUCCGGCGAUGGGGUUUUGCCCCGAGGUGAAUUUCACCCUCUUGCGACUAUGCACGGCCGGCCCAAGUCACAGAAGGCUCUGCUCUCCGAUUUAGCUUCAUUGAUAUGGAGUGCUUAUCAGGUACUGCUCGUCCCCUCAUUGCGAAUUCCGGUUCAUUUCGAUAGCGCCUUGAUUGUUCAGUUCAUCCACGUUUAUGCUUCGAAGAACGGUAAGGAUGCCACUGGUUUGGACUGGAAAGCAAUGGAGAGGUCCUUUAGGGAUGGAGCUAGUGAGGAUGGUUUAUUGCUAGGUGAUCAGUCUCUAAGCUUCAAGAGCUAUGAAGUGAAAUAUGAGGAGUGUUCAAUUUGUUCUUAUGCCAUUUCGAGAUCGAUCAAUUCGUACACCUCGAGGUUCCUGUUCGAUAACUAUACAUUGAUCGUGAGUGAGUAUUUGGAUUCCAAGAGAUUGCACCAGAUAUUGUCAGACUCGGCUGAAGAGUUCAAAAGGGUAGCUGGAAUUCCAGAGGAAGAUUACGCCACAGUGCUCCCCGUUUAUGUGUUCGAUCUCGAUUACAAUAUGCUGCUGUUGCUCGAUCGAUACCAUCAAUCCGUUUCCUUCAGAGACAUGGUUGUAGCAGUGAGAACAAAAACUACCCAGACAGUGAGCGAUUACAGCUGCAAUGGCCGACAUGUGUUCACUCAUACACGAGACCUCGAGCGACCUCUUGUUGGCUCGAUUCUCCAGAGCAUGUGGGGAGUUUCUCCAACUCACUUGUCAUGGAGUCCGCAGCACAACACAACUCUAGUGGACUACACUUGGAGCGUGGGGCAGACACCCUUUGGUCCUUUCUCCGAGUCUUCGACCUUGUCCUUUGUGCAGAAGGAUGCAGCUAGGAGAAAUGUGCUGUUAACGUCGUUGAAUUAUAGUAUAACAAGUGCGAUUGAAGUUCUUGGCUCGAUGGAAGCUCAUGGCGGGGAUAGGAGGCUGCUUAAGGAUAAGCAGCAUGUGGAAUUCGUGCAGCGGUGGAACUUGUUCAAGCAUAAGAUUGAUAAGGCGGUUUCUGCUUUGUCGAGAUUGAACUUCGAGAUGGCUUUGUAUUAUUUACGGUCUUCAGACCAUGAUCUGUAUGGCAUUCACUCGUUGGUGUAUCGUGCGUCGCAGGAAUUGGAGGCGUCACUUGCUUGCUUCAAAGAUCCGCCGUUUCCUUGGGGAUCAGUCUCGUUAUCCGCCGGAGGGUUCUUUGCUGUGUGUUAUUUGUAUGUGAAAAGGGAGAGCCUUUUUAAGAACAAGAGGAAGCAGUUUUGAAUGGUUUGGAAGUAGAAGGGGUAGAGAGUUUUUCUUUGUGCAUCUUUUGAAAGCACACUAUUAGGGUUGUGAGUUUUAAGUUGAUGCUGACUUUCUUGGCUCUCACAUUGUCAUACAAAUCUUAUACUGUAAUUCUGGUUUUAUUGCCAAGAUCAAUUGAGAACGUGCAAUGACAGAAAGUCCAAUGGAACUCUUGAAUCUGGAUGCUAGUUUUUGUUGGCUCUGCCUGUUGCUGUUCUGUUCUUUCAUGUAUUGUUAAUCCUUCUACUGGCUCGGCUCUUACAUGAUGAGAGCAUGGAUUCUGGGUUUCAUCCUUUGUUCUAUAACUUUUUUAGGGGAUUGGAUAGCGUCACAACCCCUAAGAGGGUUGUGAGUUUCACUUCCCAGGUUAGAGCCCUCCAUUCCGCUUCCUCUCAGUCCAGCGGUCUAGAUUCCUCAGCGGCGAUUUUGGUACCAGCCACACUAUCUCACACCCCCUCUCUCAUCACCCUACAUAAAUGAUGUUUCAAAAAAGAAAUAAUUUUUUGAGAGAGAAAUAAUUGUCUUUCUUUUCGGGAUGAGAUACGGUGACAACCCCCAAGGGGGUUGUCAGAUUCACAACCCACUCACUAACCGUUGGAUACACUCUCUCUCCUGUCUCUUUCUUCUUUUUUUAAGUUGAUGGUUAGGAUUAAAAGAAGGGUAUUUUUGGAAAGGAAAAAUGUUAACACACCCAAUCAUUCUCCCUCCCAUAUAAAUAAAAUAAAAACCCUAACUCCUCCCUCUCCCCCUCAUCUCUCUCUUUCCCUCCUCCCUCUCUCCAGACAGCACUGCCGCCGGCCUCCACCACCUGCCGCCGGCCUCCUCCCUCUCUCCACCCACCAUCAGCAUCUCUCCUCCCACCAUCAGCAUCUCUCCACCCCCUGCCGCCGGCCUCCACCACCUGUAGCAGCUUCCCAUAAGCACCACCACGAAGACAAUCAAGGGGAAGCAGUUGUCCCCCCCCUCCCCCCGCGCCCCGCCGCGCCGCUGUCCUCCCCUGCUGCCACCAUUUUUAUGUCGCCGCCACCGCGAGGUCAAGACUCAUCCCUAUUUUUUUCCAGAUCUGAUAGUCUCUACUGGUACCAAUACCACUGGUAGCGCUAUUGGUACGCUACCACCACUCACUGGUACCAAUACCAGUGGCUCCCUUAUCAUCUGGUACCACUAUCAUCUGUUUUUUUUUGUGUUAUUUGCUACUGGUAUCGCUACCAAUGCUAGUGGUAGCGCUACCAGUGCUAGUAGCGUUGUGUUAUUCUCUACUGGUAGCGUUGUACUGGUAGCGUACCACUAGUACUGGUACAUUUUUUACUGGUACCGCUAGUACUGGUACAUUUUUUAACUUACUGGUAGCGUACCACUAGCACUGGUAUAUUAAUUACCAGUAGACUAAUAGAUUGGUACACUUUUUAACGCAUUGGUACAUUUUUUCAGGUUGCCGGAGGGAGUCUGCCGGAGAGAAUUCGCCGGAGAAAAAGUUUGUCGGUCGAUGCGGAGUGGCUGCUGGAGAAAGGAAGAGAGAGAGAUAGAUAGAGAUAUUAAUGUAUAGGAUUUAAAUUUCAGAAAAAAAAUUGUAUUUAAUAUGGGUUUUUAAUUCCCAAUAUAAUUAAUACAAAAAGGUAAUUAAUAUAUUUUUUUUCAUACCCAAAAUACCCUUGGUUGUGAAUCUGACAACCCCCAAGGGGGUUGUCACCGUAUCCCGUCCCCAUUUAUGUUAUUAAUUCAAAAUUUUCCAUACACAGUCAUUCCAAAAAAGCCCUUCAUAUUUUUGUCAACCGUGAGAUGAGAAAGGGAAACGGACGGCUGGAAGCAGAGAUUAUUAGAUGUGCUUAUUAUUGAAGUGGUUAGUUAAAUUGUUGUCCGCACGUAAUUGAUCAUCCUUAUUUAAGAAUAAAGAGGUCACACUCUA